GUCAGUUGUUAGUUGUUAACCUGUUGUCAGAUUGUUUACACUCAUUGUUUGAUCAAAAUUCAAACAAGCACACCUCUACUAAUGCUGUUAAAUUCCAAUCGUGCAAAUUUCACAAACAAGAUUAAAAAUAUUGCAUAAGAGAGCUUCUCAAAUAUUAUAGUAAUUCAAUGCUAAAUUUAUAAUCUCAAAAAUAAACAAAAAGUUGAUUAUCCAUAUUCUGGUAUAAGCGAAUGUGUAUAUAUUUUCAUUGCAAUUAACAUCAUCUCCGUUCGUAUAAAGAAGAAGAAAUACCUUCGCUAUAAGAGUUCGAUCGCAAAGUGCAUUGUGGUUUUAUAUUGGAUAAGUCAAUCAGGUUAACGAAAACAAAAACCUACAAAUUCAACCUCGUGAUGUCAACAACUCGUGUCCACCAUAAACCUGCAUCGGUAAAUCCAUUCGCUUCGUAUGCUUAUCAAGAGAAUGAAGAAAACGAGGAUGAACUUGAGGAUGAGGAGGACGACAACGACGACGAUGGGGGAGAUGAAAUGGAAUGGUCUGAUGAAGAAGAUAUCCAUGAUGGUUACAUCGACGACAGUUACAUAGACGACGACUUGGAAGAAGAUUUUGAAGACGACUACGACAGCGAAAACUACGACCACAAAUUCGAUGAUGACUACGAGUACGACUCUGACACCGAAGAAGUCGACCAUGAUGACGAGUACCUUGACGACGACGACGAGGAGGAAAGUCAUUUUAAAAACAACAACUAUGCCUCAGCCGGACCAGGUUACUUCUACCCAGAGCAACCAUAUAUUGGACCUCCAAUUGUGCCCAAGCCAGAGCCUGAAGCCUCAUCGUCCAAACUGAGAUACUAUGUUCUCUCGCCAAUCUGUGAUAUAGCCACAAUUUACAUAAAGUUUGCUAUUCUUGCGAUCCUCGUCUAUGCUUGUGCUUUGUGGUAUACCGUUUACUUUGGAGACUUGAGUUCUAUAACAACAAUAUCUGACAUGGAUGACAAUGACGCUGAUACCUGCCCUGCAUGAUUGCAAUAAAGUACAUGCCUAUCAAUUUAUUUUUAAUUAAAGAAAACAAUAUAGUAUAUCCUUUUCAAAUAAACUAAAUAAAGUAGAUACAAGCUAGAGAUACAUUUUGCUAUGGAA